GGAGCUGCAGAAAAGAGCGUGAAACGAGAGAGAGAAAAAAAAAAAACAAUCCAAUUCCGGCCGCCGCGGCGCGCCCUCUCAUAUCUAUCCCGCCGCGGAUGCGUCCCCCACCACCGCGCCGCUAUCCCGCCGCGACUCGCGCUCUCCUCCCUCUCCUCUCCUCCCCCCACCGGCAACGAUGCCGACGCCGCCGCGCCUCGCCGUCCCACUCCUCCUCCUCCUCUUCGUUGCGCCAUUCCUCGCGCACGCCCGCCCCUUCAUUUCCGACGGCGCCGGCGGCGGCGCUUCGGGUUCGGGGCGCGGCAACGCGACGGUCUCCGUGCUGCGGCUGCCGUCGGAGGCGGAGGCGGGGUGCGAGAUGUCGUACGGGUUCCUGCCGUGCACGGCGACGGCGGGGGGCAACCUGUUCCUCGUGCUCGCCUACGGCUUCCUCAUGUUCAAGUCGGCCACCUACCUCUCCUCCGGGAGCGAGAUGCUGCUCCAGAUCCUCGGCCCCGGGAUCGUCGGGGGGCUCUUCCUCCCCAUCCUCGGCGCGCUCCCCGACGCCCUCCUCAUCCUCGUUUCUGGGCUCUCUGGCACUAAAGAGGUUGCUCAGAGUCAGGUUUUGAUUGGAAUGGGCCUGCUCGCGGGGUCAACGGUUAUGCUUUUAACCCUACUCUGGGGAUCUUGUGUUGUGGUUGGUAAGUGUGAUUUGUCAGAGGAAUCAACCGCAAUCGAUUCACAGAACACCAAAGGCUUCAGUCUAUCAGGCUCUGGUGUUUCAACUGAUAAGCAAACCAGCUAUGCAGCAAGAAUUAUGGCAAUAUCCAUUCUUCCUUUUAUUAUUGUUCAAAUACCAAAAAUUUUUAAGCUCCAUUCUGGUCAUCGGGUAACAGUCCUUAUUGGGCUUAUUGUGGCAGCUCUACUUUUGCUUUCAUACUGCCUAUAUCAGAUCUUUCAGCCAUGGAUCCAAAGGAGAAGAUUAGAGUAUUCAAGACUGAAGCAUGUAAUGUCUGGUGUUCUGAGACACGCUCAAAUGCAUGCUUUUGGUCGCCUUCUUGAUGACGAGGGAAAACCUAAUGUUUCUGUGAUAGAGAAGUUAUUUCACAAGAUUGAUCUGGACAAUGAUGGAAAGCUAGAACACGGCGAAUUACGAGCUUUCAUUGUUGGUAUUAACUUUGAAGAUAUUGAUUGGGACAGUAACCUUGCUGCAGAUCAAGUCAUGGCUGACUUUGAUACAUCACGGAACAAUGUUAUUGAAAAGUGUGAGUUUGUUAAUGGAAUGGUGAGAUGGCUGGAUGAAGCUAAGCGUACUGUUGCAUCUAGUGCCUACUCCAAAAAGUUCUUGAAUGAUUUUCACGCGAGAACAAGGGAUGAACAAAGCCUUCUGCCAGACAAAGAUGAAGAGGAAGGUGAAGCUGAUGGAAAUUCAACCUGGACCUGCAUUAAGGCUAUCUUACUUUUGCUUCUGGGAACUGCAAUGGCAGCUGCAGCUGCAGAUCCACUUGUUGAUGCUGUGCACAAUUUUUCAAAUGCUACACAUAUUCCCUCCUUUUUCAUCUCCUUCAUUGCAAUGCCCUUGGCUACUAAUUCGAGCGAGGCUGUCUCAGCAAUUAUCUUUGCUAGCCGGAAGAAGAGCCGUACUCUGUCACUAACCUUUUCUGAGGUCUAUGGUGGAGUGACCAUGAACAACACACUCUGCCUCGCCGUGUUCUUGGCCCUUGUUUACCUGAGGGGCUUAGCCUGGGAUUUCUCAUCAGAGGUCCUCAUAAUCAUCCUUGUGUGCAUCAUAAUGGGUCUCUUUGCCAGCUUCCGGACCAGCUUCCCUCUCUGGACAUGCUUCGUCGCCUUCCUUCUCUAUCCAUUGUCGCUGAUCAUGGUCUACAUCCUGGACUACAAGUUUGGCUGGUCGUAAGCCUACAACCUUAAUAUGUCCGAUAAUACAUAUGGAUGAGAAGAAGCAGUAUAACCAGUAAAGAUUCAUCAACCUUUUGUAAAUCACAUCGUUUACCAUGUUACCCUGGGAAGGAUGUUCUGCUGCAGGCUACCUAUACAUAGCGCUGAAAAGCACUGUCUAAUUCCAAACGUACGCAUCAUACUGGUUCCCUUUGUUAUUUAUUUUAUCUAAGGAUAGGAUCAGCAUGUUGCAAUACUGCACUGAAGCUAUGAGGACUUGAAAGUUAAUAAUUAAUCCGUGAA